GAGAAUAGCGAUGGUUUUCUCUUCGAAUCCCUUAGCCCUCAGCGUUCCCGAACCCGCUUUUGAAAAGUGGCUCCGCGACACCGGCUACCUCGAAAUUCUCGACCACCGCACCUCCUCCGCCGCCGCCGCCGCUGCAUCCACCACCGCUGACCCCAACUCCUCCCCGAUACCAGUUUCCGGUCUCUUCUCUCGCCUCGUAACCCUACUCUCUCUCCUCACUCUCAACCCCUUCGCUAAGCUCACCGCCGAUGAUUUCUCCGGCGACACCCCUUCUUGGUCGCGCUCCUUCUUCGGGUUCUGCGGGUCUUACUCAUUCCCUUCCUCACCCUCCCAAGCUCGCUUUAGGGUCCAUGAAAACAUCAAGCGCUAUGCUCGCAACUACGCCUAUCUCUUCAUCCUUUUCUUCGCUUGCGCUUUGUAUAAGAUGCCACUUGCUCUUGUUGGUUUGAUAUCUUGUUUGGCAUUGUGGGAUUUCUUCAAGUUUUCUAGCGACAAAUGGGGGUUGGAUCAAUAUCCUCUUACUCGCCAGUGCUUGCUUCGCAUCGCCCAAUGUGCAACAGCAGUUAUUCUAAUCUUUUCCAAUGUUCAAAUGGCUCUCUUUUGUGCCAUAAGUGUCAGCUAUGCAGGCAUGAUGCUGCAUGCUGCAUUUCGGAAGUUGACCCCUGCAAAGCAACCUUCCCCGGCCAGAGGUAAGUAGGUAGCCAAUCGAAGAAACAGUGGUACACUUGCGUUUAUUCAACACAUCAUACUUUGGUUAUUCAAGGGGCUUUUGUACAGAAGAUAGUGCUUACAAUAUAGAAUUUAGGGGACGGAAUUUCGAUAAUUUUGAUAUGUGCAAGAAACAAGAUUGAUAAUAUACCAGAUAGGCUUUCAUUCUAAACAUGAACAAUUGUGGAUUCAUGUUUUAUACAAUAUUGGAUCCUGCUUCGUUUAUUUGUAUCCUGCCAAGGAUCUAGGCCCCAUGUUCUCGAAGUGCACUUUCUCAUCCAAAUUACAAUUCUUUUUUUUUGGUGUAAAAAUUACAAUUCUUUUAGGAAGCUGUUACGGACUCAUUUUAAUAACUAUGAUUAAACCUCAAUGAAUUUUUAAAAUAUUUUUGAAGUAAACGUGAUAGAACUCCUACGAAGGUGUAUGCUAGGAGGAGGUACAGGGGAUUAUUGGGAAAUGUUCUAGAAGAAUAGGCUGUUAGAAGAGAGAAGGAGGAUGUGCUGACGCGUCUAGUCAGUUAGAGGGAAUAUAGGAGGGUGAAGGUUGUAAGCAUGAGUCAGAAAAGGACUAGGACUUGGAUUUGGGAGAGAAUCAGUACCUCUUCAAUUGUACUGAACCUGUAUCUCUGUGUGCAGGGUUGUUAGUCAUUCUGAUCAUAGUAGUAGUCAUUUAUCUUUGUGCAUUGCUUUACUGUAAU